UUUGGGUUAAAAAAAAAGGAGAGAGUCGUGCACUUUCAAACGUGUAUGGAUGCAGGAUUGUAGGCUGAGUCAGAUUUAGCCCCCGGUUUAGACCCCUCUCACCCCUUGUUAUCUGGCGGUUUUAACUUUGCGCUCCACCCAUGAAACACAGACAUAUUUAUUUUGUCUGCUCCGACUGUGAAACUUACUCCCCAUUUGGAGGAGGAGAGACAGUCCAAAAACCAAACCCUCGACCCAGUCUGCUUUUCCGACAGUAGUCGGCGUGCUGGUUCAGUCGCAAACCAACAGCUCUGUCUGUGUGAGACCUGGGACAGCGAAGCGAAGGGGAGAGCUUUCCCACACAACACCACAGUCGUCCAUGGCUCUUUGCAACGGAGACAGCAAGCUGGAGAUCAGCAGCUCACAGCAGAAUGGGUCAUGUGAGGGGGCGGUGGCGAUCCUGGAUGCUGGGGCCCAGUAUGGGAAGGUGAUUGACAGACGAGUGCGAGAGCUGUGUGUACGCUCAGAGAUCCUCCCCUUAGAAACCCCUGCCUUUGCGAUCAGAGAACAAGGUUACAGGGCAAUCAUCAUUUCAGGAGGUCCAGCCUCUGUGUAUGCAGAAGAUGCCCCCUGGUUUGACCCUGCUAUAUUCACCAUAGGAAAGCCAGUCCUGGGAAUUUGCUAUGGAAUGCAGAUGAUGAAUAAGGUUUUUGGCGGCACAGUACACAAAAAGAGUGUAAGGGAGGAUGGAGUUUUCAACAUUGGGCUGGACAACACAUGUUCCCUUUUCAGAGGCCUUCAGAAGGAGGAACUGGUGUUGCUGACCCAUGGAGACAGUGUGGAUAAAGUGGCAGAUGGUUUCAAAGUUGUGGCCCAAUCAGGAAACAUCAUUGCUGGGAUCGCUAAUGAACAGAAGAAACUGUACGGGACACAGUUCCACCCUGAGGUCGACUUAACAGAGCGAGGCAUGGAGAUGCUGCGUAACUUCCUAUUUGAAAUUGCGGGAUGCACGAGUAAUUUUACCGUUCAGAACCGCGAACAGUCCUGCAUCAAUGAAAUCAGAGAAAAAGUGGGCAAGUCCAAAGUUCUGGUGCUACUGAGUGGCGGAGUAGACUCAACAGUGUGCACAGCCCUCCUCAACAAAGCUCUGAACCAGGACCAGGUGAUAGCCGUUCACAUCGACAACGGCUUCAUGAGGAAGAAAGAAAGUCAGAGUGUGGAGGAGGCCCUCACCAAGCUGGGCAUCAAAGUCAAAGUGGUAAACUCAGCACACACUUUUUAUAAUGGAACCACAACCCUUCCAAUCUCUGAGGAGGAUAGGACGCCACGGAAACGCAUCAGCAAGACUUUGAAUAUGACCACCAACCCUGAGGAAAAAAGGAAAAUAAUUGGAGACACAUUUGUCAAAGUGGCAAAUGAAGUAAUUGGAGAGAUGAAUCUAAAUCCAGAAGAGGUUUUCCUGGCCCAGGGUACACUGAGGCCUGAUCUGAUUGAGAGUGCCUCUCAUAUUGCCAGUGGCAAGGCGGAGGUCAUCAAAACGCACCACAACGACACCGAGCUCAUCCGUAAACUCAGAGAUGAGGGAAAAGUAAUCGAACCACUGAAAGAUUUCCAUAAAGAUGAGGUUAGGGCGCUGGGGAGAGAGCUGGGCCUGCCAGAGGAGAUUGUCUCUCGGCAUCCAUUCCCUGGUCCCGGUUUGUCCAUCAGAGUGAUUUGCGCAGAGGAGCCUUACAUUUGUAAGGAUUUUGCUGAAACAAACAACAUCCUCAAAAUUGUCACAGACUUUUCCGCAAGUGUCAAAAAGCCACACGCCUUGCUCCAGAGAGUCAAGUCGUGUAUGUCAGAUGAGGAAGAGGAGAAGCUCAUGCAGAUCACCAGCCUUCAUUCACUAAAUGCCUUCCUGCUCCCCAUCAAAACUGUUGGUGUUCAGGGUGACUGCCGGUCCUACAGUUAUGUGUGCGGUGUCACAAGUAAAGAAUCUCAACACUGGGAGUCCCUUAUGUUCCUGGCCAGACUUAUCCCUCGCAUGUGCCAUACCAUCAAUAGAGUCGUGUAUGUUUUUGGAUCCCACGUAAAGGAGCCUCCCACAGACAUCACCCCGACUUUCCUGACCACAGGUGUUCUGAGCACGCUCAGACAGGCCGACCACGUAGCUCAUACUAUUCUUAGAGAGUCUGGCUAUUCCGGCAAGAUCAGCCAGAUGCCGGUAAUCCUCACCCCCCUGCACUUCGACCGUGACCCGCUCCAGAAGCAGCCGUCCUGUCGGCGCUCUGUGGUGGUCCGCACCUUCAUCACCAGUGACUUCAUGACGGGCAUCCCUGCCAUGCCUGGAAACCAUAUCCCAGAGGAGGUGGUGCUGAAGAUGGUAAACGAGAUCAAGAAAAUCCCCGGCAUCUCUAGAGUCAUGUAUGACCUGACCUCCAAACCACCCGGUACCACCGAGUGGGAAUAAAACCUAACAUGGCUUAGUUUGGAUAGGAUACACUCUCACACACACUGCACAAACAUACUGGGCAUAUGUGGGAGGGCUGGUGAGCUACUCUCCUCCUCUGUCCUUCCUCCCUCAGUCCCCCUCCCAUCCCAUCUCUCUCCUAAACCUCCCCUGUAUCUUCAACAUUCCCGCGGAAGGCAGGCCGUACUGUGACGGGGGGCCAGCGCAGGGGCGCCACUGCUCUGUUCUCUCCUCCACUCCUCCCUGGUCUUAAUAUUUUUGGCGGUAAAGAUUGACUUAAUGUUGGUUAUUGGUAAUAUAUUGUCACUAUUGAUUAAUGUACAGCAGUGUAUUCCCUCGCUGUGGUGAAAAAGGUAAAUUGCUCCUUUCAUGACUUCGACCAUGAAGGGCAAGCAGCGAGAAGCUGUGACAAUGAAGUGGACUUGAUGCUGUGCCUGAAGAUUUAUUAUAGGACGAGUAAAAUAUACAAACAGAAAGGAGAAAACACAGUUAGAGAGGCGAGGUGUGUCAAAUCUUCAGCAUUUCCUCUUUUUUUCCGUCAGAUGUCAAUGUUUACUGUUGUGCCCCCUAUAUUUCUCCAUUCUCACCUUCUACCUGUAUACUGUGCUUUGAAAAAGCUUGUCUGAAUAGACAGCCCAUGUGACCAAUCAACAAUUUUUAGGCUUUUUGGUUUGGUUUGAUUUGCCAAAAGUAGGAUAUGCUGUUGUGACCUUUAACAUUUUAGACUCCUGAUAUUUCCAAAACACCUUUUUGUAGACAAGUUUGCUGUUGACUUUUGGCUGCACCCUUCAAGGGCUGAAGUCGACCCGAGAAUAUCUUCAGUGUAAUGACUCCCCUGCAGCCAUGAAGGAGGCCAAUGCGACCAGUGGCUUUGUAGGUGCCUGUUCUGUGGUUUUUGGUUUUUCUCUGUUGUGACCUGACGUGGACCGACGCGUCCAGAGAGGACAGAACACUGUCCUCCUCAUGCUGCAAUAUGUAUGCUUUUUAUGAAGAAGAAUAAAAGACGAGAGGACUAAUAUUAGACUUACAAGUACAGUAGAGUUUAUUACCACAUUGUGUCAGUUGCUGUUGUCACUUCAUGGUUGGCUGCUCUUGUGUUGUGCGCGUUUUUGCACAUUUUCUUCUUUUUUUUUUUCACUCGUAAAUCCUUGGUGCUACAUCACCAUAAACUAUCAUACAUAAAGUGGAAACUUAAGUGGACACAUUAAGUGUAUCUCUGUACUGUCAAGUUAAAUUAAGUUUCCAUUGCCAUCAGCUAUGUUCACUGUGUGUCAGAAUGGCAUUGCUGCUUAUUAUAGCUGUUGUGUACUCUCACAACAUUCAGUGCAUCAUUAUCUCUCAUCAGUCUUGUCAUGUAGACCUCAGUGAAUACAGUGCUCAGGUUUAACUGAGUUUUUAAAGGUGUGUUUUACUCAGUUAGAGACACUUCACUCAGACAUGGUGGUUUUCCUGCUUACUGAAUUUGUUUUUGUGCCUCACAACCCCUUAUUGUGCCCAUAAAUUUUAGUGGCAAACCCCCUACUACAAACUUGAUGGUUUUCCUAACCCAUUUUAGGAACCCACUGCUUUUUUCUCCAUUUUGCCUUUUAUAACUAUACAUUUUCUCUCAUACGUUUCCAUAAGAACAACAGUGGACAUUUAAAUCCCAAUAAGAUUAAGUUAUGCAAUUCUAUCGUUAUUUUUUUGUCUUUCAUUUUGCUCAGCAAUGUUCAUUCUCUUUAGUAACGUGCCUCGAACCAAGCCACUGCAUGCAGUUUCAACGAUGACAUUUGUACAAUGGAAAACUGAGCUUUAAUAAAGAUCUCAAUGUUGAAACUUCUAUAAUCAA